GGAACCUGCACAUUGAUAAUGAAUAUUCUGCUUAGAGGAUUUAUAGUUGCCCAAAAUGACAUUGAGCCAUUUAUGAUAUGGGGCUAUUAUAUUUCUCCAGUGAUGUAUGGACAAAAUGCUUUAGUCAUUAAUGAAUUUCUUGACAAAAGAUGGAGCGCCCCCAAUCCAGACCCCCGAAUUCAUGCACCUACCGUUGGGAAAGUCCUUCUCAAGUCUAGAGGCUUCUUCACGGAUGACUACAUGUUUUGGGUUUGUGUUGGAGCACUCUUGGGGUUUUCUCUUCUCUUCAACAUUUUAUUUAUUAAGUCAAUGCUGCAAUAUUGCAGCAUUGACUUAAUAAAUAAAAUGUUGAAGAGAAGAGAAAACCCCAAGGGUGCUCCAACACAAACCCAAAACAUGUAG